AAAAACAUAAUUUUCUUUAUUCUUGCCAACAAAUUAGUGCAAAGACAAUUGUUGUUCCUGCUUGGCCAACAUGAAUGCCACCUCGCCCAAGUCUUCAUUGGUCAAACUAGGCCUUCACACCAAUAAACAAAAGACACUGAAGGUUAUGGUAUUGGGUCAAAGUGGUGUGGGCAAAACGGCCAUGGUAGUGCGUUUUAUAACACGCCGUUUUAUUGGCGAAUAUGAUCCAAAUCUGGAGAAAAUCUAUACCUGCCAAACCACUUUCGAUAAAGAACAAGUUCAAUUUGAUAUACUAGACGCUACGGGGCAAUUGCAUGAAUUGGAUGGCGUUAGUCUGGAAUCCAAUAUCAGAUGGGCAGAUGCUUUUAUCCUCGUGUACUCUAUCACAGACAAGUGCUCAUUCGAUGAGUGUAGUCGACUGAAGUUCCUUAUUAAUUACAAUAAAAGACGACGAAAAUUGGGUUCAGCCAGCAAGGAUUACACCUUGGAUAUACCAGUCAUUUUAGUGGGUAACAAAACAGAUCAGCCUGGCGAUCGCAUGGUACUACUGGAAGAAGGUCAAAGACGCUUCCGUGAAUUAUCCUGCGCUUGCUUUCACGAGAUCUCAGUCAGGGAAAGUGUAGAACAGGUGCAAAAUGUCUUUCGCGAUGUGUUUCGCUUUUGGCGAGUGUUUAGUAAAUUUCCAAAACUUAAACGUUCCACCAGCGAUGUGGCUGCCAAUGAUGGAUUUGUGACACCCGAUUCCGGAUCGUGUUCCUUCUACGAUGCCUCCUCGCUGGGCCACAGCUCGAGUGGACGACGCUCGUUUUUGGUAAUAGGCUCUGAUUGCUUGGAGGAAAGCGAUCACACGGAAUCCACUGAUGAGAUAGCCAGCAAUAGCUUUGGCAGUUCAAGAAGUGAUAUGGACACACCAUUUCGUAGUCGAGCUUCCACCGAUGGCACCCUCUUGUCGAGACCGAGAAGAUGGCGUUAUCCUCCGCCAGGUUGCCUGCUGCCACAUUCGAAUCGGGUGGAGCGACGCAUGAGCAUUUCCACCAGAGGCAGUAAUGCCAGCUAUUAGGGGAUACGUUUUUAUUUGUUUUUUUGCUAGUUAGUCCAAAAAUGUAGCGCCAAAUAUAUAGCUAGAUGUUUGACAAAAACACAGAUGAAGUCUAAGGAGAGAAAGAGUCUAAAAUUAUUUGAAAUUGUAUUUAAUUUAAGUGGCACGUGCAACAAUUUAAACAGCAAA